AGGCCCUCGGGGCAGUCUCCCGUCGCGGUCGAGUUACUUUUGAGCUGGGUCUCGGGUCGGCUGCUGGGGGGGUGCGGCCCAGACCUCUCCUCUCCCCGGGAGGGGGCGCGGCCUCAGUUGCUCCGCCCUUCCGUGGGCGCCAAGACCGCGGAGCCGGGAGCUCUGUGACCGGAGCCCGGAGUGGGCCGGGGGCGGCUGUCCUCUAGGCGCGGGCUCGCUGGAGCCGGAGCCUGGCCCAAGUUGGAGUGGCAGAGCGGUGGCGCUGGGUUACCCUGGAGGCCCACAGCCUGGCCUGAGCCUCUGCCGCCAUGGCCAUUGUGCACACUGUUUCAGUGCCACUGGAGCCCAGCACUGAGGCCGCCACUGCGCCGCAAGCCCCAGCCAUGGGCAGUGUGAGCAGUCUCAUCUCCGGCCGGCCCUGCCCCGGGGGGCCAGCUCCUCCCCGGCACCGUGGCCCAUCGGGGCCCACCUUCUUCCGCCAGCAGGAUGGGCUGCUCCGGGGUACCUACGAGGCGCAGGAGCCUUUGUGCCCAGCUGUGCCACCCAGGAAGGCCGGCCCCGGCCCCAGCUUCACCUACAUCAAUGAGGACUUCCAGACAGAGUCACCCCCCAGCCCGAGCAGUGAUGUUGAGGACACCCGGGAGCAGCGGGCAGGGAGCGCUCACCUCCGCGGCCCCCCACCAAAGCUCAUCCCUGUCUCUGGAAAACUGGAGAAGAACAUGGAGAAAGUCCUGAUCCGCCCGACGGCCUUCAAGCCGGUGCUGCCCAGGUCUCGAGGGGCACCCUCCCUCCCAAGCUUCCUGGGUCCUCGGGCCGCUGGGCUGUCUGGGAGCCAGGGCAGCCUCACGCAGCUGUUUGGGGGGGCUGCCUCCUCCUCCUCCUCUUCCUCCUCCUCAUCUUCGGCUGCCGACAAGCCUCUGACACUGAGUGGCUGGCCCGGAGCACCUGGGGGUGGCGGCUGGGCUCCGCAGCUGGGGGGCCGCGCAGGACCUGGUGGCUCUCACCCGCAGGCAUUCGGGGAGCGGUCGCGGCCCUGGCGGAGAGAGCGUGAGGUCCCAAGGGAGGACUGCGUGGCCCAGGCACAGCGGGCCUGGAGGACUCAGCAGCUGCUGCAGCUGCAGGUACUCCAGCUGCAGCAGGAGAAGCGCCAGCUGCAGGACGACUUUGCACAGCUGCUGCAGGAGCGGGAGCAGCUGGAGAGGCGGUGCGCCGCCUUCGAGCGGGAGCAGCGGGAGCUUGGGCCCCGGCUGGAGGAGACCAAGUGGGAGGUGUGCCAGAAGUCAGGUGAGAUCUCCCUGCUGAAGCAGCAGCUGAAGGAGUCCCAGGCAGAGCUGGUCCAGAAGGGCAGCGAGCUGGUGUCUCUGCGGGUGGCCCUGCGGGAGGCCCGGGCUGCCCUGCGGGUCAGUGAGGGCCGCGCAAGGGGCUUGCAGGAAGCGGACAGUGAGCCCUUCCCCAUCCCUCCUGACCCUUCCCACCUCCAGGUGUGCCAGAAGUCAGGUGAGAUCUCCCUGCUGAAGCAGCAGCUGAAGGAGUCCCAGGCAGAGCUGGUCCAGAAGGGCAGCGAGCUGGUGUCUCUGCGCGUGGCCCUGCGGGAGGCCCGGGCUGCCCUGCGGGUCAGUGAGGGCCGCGCAAGGGGCUUGCAGGAAGCGGCCCGUGCCCGGGAGCUGGAGCUGGAGACCUGCUCACAGGAGCUGCAGCGGCAUCGCCAGGAGGCGGAGAGGCUCCGGGAGAAAGCUGGGCAGCUGGACAUGGAGGCGGCAGGACUCCGGGAACCCUCUGUGCCACCUCCCGCCGCUGACCCUUUUCUCCUGGCAGAGAGCGAUGAGGCCAAGGUACAGCGGGCAGCAGCCGGGGCAGGAGGCAGCCUGCGGGCCCAGGUGGAGCGGCUGCGGGGCGAGCUGCAGAGAAGGAGCAGGUGA